GCCAGCCAAUCCCGUCAGAGCCACCGGACCGCCCGGAACAAAGAUGGCCGGGGCGGCCUCGGGGAGGGCACAUUGAUCCAAACGCCAGGCGCACCCGCCGGGACAGCAAAGGCAGAGUGGCAACCGCGCGGUCAGCAGCAUGGAAGAGGGCGGCAGUGGUGGCAGCGACAGCAACGCCGGCGGGAGCGGCGGGGUGCAGCAGAGAGAGCUGGAACGCAUGGCUGAAGUCCUAGUUACCGGAGAGCAGCUCCGGCUGCGGCUCCAUGAAGAAAAGGUUAUUAAAGAUAGACGGCAUCAUCUCAAAACCUACCCAAACUGCUUUGUUGCAAAAGAGCUGGUUGACUGGCUCAUUGAACACAAGGAGGCCUCUGACCGGGAGACGGCGAUAAAACUCAUGCAGAAAUUAGCCGACCGGGGCAUCAUUCAUCAUGUGUGUGAUGAGCACAAGGAAUUCAAGGACGUAAAGCUCUUCUACCGCUUUAGGAAGGAUGAUGGGACUUUUCCACUGGACAAUGAGGUGAAGGCCUUCAUGCGAGGACAGAGGCUCUAUGAAAAACUGAUGAGCCCUGAAACUACACUCCUCCAACCUAGGGAAGAGGAAGGGGUGAAGUAUGAGCGGACCUUCAUGGCAUCCGAAUUCCUGGACUGGUUGGUUCAGGAAGGUGAAGCCACAACAAGGAAAGAGGCAGAGCAGCUUUGCCACCGGCUUAUGGAGCAUGGCAUCAUACAGCAUGUGUCUAACAAGCACCCGUUUGUGGACAGCAACCUCCUCUACCAGUUCAGAAUGAACUUCCGUAGGAGGCGAAGGCUGAUGGAACUGCUCAACGAGAAGUCCCCGUCCUCUCAGGAGACGCAUGACAGCCCCUUCUGUCUGAGGAAGCAGAGCCACGACAGUCGGAAAUCUACCAGCUUUAUGUCAGUCAGCCCCAGCAAGGAGAUCAAGAUCGUGUCUGCUGUGCGGAGGAGCAGCAUGAGCAGCUGCGGCAGCAGUGGCUACUUCAGCAGCAGCCCGACACUCAGCAGCAGCCCCCCUGUGCUCUGCAACCCCAAAUCUGUGCUGAAGAGACCUGUCACCUCUGAGGAACUCUUGACUCCUGGGGCUCCGUAUGCAAGGAAGACAUUCACGAUUGUUGGUGACGCAGUUGGCUGGGGCUUUGUGGUACGAGGAAGUAAACCAUGCCACAUCCAGGCUGUGGACCCCAGUGGACCUGCAGCUGCUGCGGGGAUGAAGGUCUGUCAGUUUGUCGUCUCUGUCAAUGGCCUCAACGUGCUGAAUGUAGACUACCGCACCGUGAGCAACCUGAUUCUGACAGGCCCAAGGACAAUUGUCAUGGAAGUCAUGGAGGAGUUGGACUGCUGAGCACGGAGACAUCCCGGCUUGUCCCCUAUCCCAGAACAACACAACAGUGGCAUGGCAAGACUGCCAGGCAAACGGAUAAAUGGGACAUAACAGAUCUUUUCUCUGACCAUAUACACCUUGUCUUUCAUACGCUGUUUGAAUGUGGAAGAACCAGGUAGCACAUCUUUAAAAACCAAAACACAGCAGGGGCUGGGUGGCUCAAGUCUGUAAUCCCAGCAUUCAGGAGAGCAAGGCAGAAGUGCUGCAAAUUCAAAGCAAGCAUCCACUAACAGUGUGAGUGCCUGUCUCAGAACCACACUCGGGACUUUUCCACACAAGUGCACAUACCACACACAUACACACAAACACACACAUGCACACCACACACACACACCACACAUAUAUAUACACACACCGGAGCCCAGUCUAUAGUUCUCAAUCAUUACUCUUCAUGUUUUCGGGAAGUUGUUGUAAAACCAAAUUAGCAACAUGGAAGAAUGCCAUUUUAGAAGGUCGUAGAAUAGUUACUACAUAUUUUACGUCAUGUCUACUGUGCUUGUUUGGCAGGAAUAAGGAACAAGCACCUGCAAUCUGGGCACUUAGGAUACAAUCUGAGACAGGAGGAUGAUCACUUGAGUUCUGGUAGUAAUGUCAGCCAGGGCAAUGUAGUGAAACCCCACGUUAAUUUAAAAAAAAAAAAAAAAAAAAAAAAAAAGGUUUUA